CGGGAGGGGUUUCUUUGAACCAUGUCUUCAUUCCCAGUCAUGUCUACCUUUCUCCUCCUCCUUGCCACAGCUGUCUCAGCCCAUAGUGGCGUCGACGCCAGAAAAUACUUCGGCUACGUCCCCUCGGUUCAGGAUGACUCAUUUACGAACCAAACGUUGCUGGCUGAGGAGUUCCUGCACGGGCACAACUGGAUAAGGAUGAAGUACAAGCUUCCCUCCUUCGCUUGGGACGAGAAACUUGCGUCCUACGCGCGGGGGUACCUCAUGCAACGUUAUGAGGAUUGCAAACUCAUCCACUCCAACUCCAACUACGGCGAGAACAUCUUCUGGGGAAAGACGCGCAAUUGGAAUCCCUCCGAAGCUACCUUCUACUGGUACGUGGAGAAACAGUGGUACGAUUUCAAAACUCUCACGUGCGCCCCGCCGCCAAAAUCCUGUGGCCACUUCACCCAGGUAGUAUGGCGCGACUCUGACCGAAUCGGCUGCGCUCUUCAGAAUUGCCACAACCCUGAUAUGGGCAUGCUCAUAGCAUGCGAAUACGAUCCUCCUGGUAACUACGCCAAUGAGAACCCUUUGCAAUCACAUAUCUGAUCACAAUCGCCACCCCAACAUCACAUCUUUCUAAUCGUAAUCACGCUGUUCUGUUAGCUUCUGUUGAAAUUAAUUUACAGAUUGCUUUGUGAUAAAUUUCCAUGUAUAUGAUAGACCAGAUGACUGAUUCAAAAAUGGUUUAACCAUUCUAAUGUGGGUUUCUCGUGAGAGUUCAAGAUGUUAGCUUAGGCAGGCUCAUGUUAUAGGCCCAUUUCUCUGUGGCUUUUAGAGUUAGCUCUGAUUGUAUUAAUAG